GUACAUAUCUCUUGAGAGUUCAGAGAGGGAGAGCUAGCAUUGCAAGAAGCUGAGUGUAAUGGCUGCUAAGUACAUAUCUCUUGCGGUUGCGUGUUUCCUCUUGUUGAGAUGCGCCUACACAGACGCCCAAAUGGUCCCGGCUGUGUUCGUGUUCGGAGACUCCCUUGUAGAUGUUGGCAACAACAACCACCUCAAACUAUCACUUGCCAAGGCUGAUUUUCCUCACAACGGCGUUGAUUUUCCAGGAAAGAAGCCCACCGGAAGGUUCAGUAAUGGAAAGAAUGCAGCUGACUUUCUGGCUGAGAAGCUGGGUUUACCGACUUCGCCACCGUAUCUCUCCCUUACGUCAGCGACCAAUAAGAGCAACGCGUUCCUGGGCGGUGUGAACUUCGCUUCUGGAGGUGCUGGAAUUUUGGAUGGUUCCGAUAAUAUUUUUAAACAAUCCAUCCCGCUCAACAAACAGAUCGAGUACUACUCAACCGUAUACGGGGAUAUGGUACAACAACUAGGAGCCGUUGGAGCACAAAAAUACUUUUCAAAAUCAAUAUAUGGCAUCGUGAUCGGAAGCAACGACAUUCUCGGUUACUUCCACUCGGGGUCGGAUCUCCGUGAUAAGUACACUCCCCAGCAAUAUGUGGAUUUGAUGGUUCUCACACUAAGAGGUCAACUAAAGCGGAUAUACAACUUGGGUGCACGUAAGUUGGUGAUGGUUGGGGCAGGGGCGAUAGGAUGUUGCCCAUCACAAAGGAACCAGAACAAAACAGGGGAAUGCAACCAAGAAACAAAUUACUGGUCUCUUAAGUACAAUGAAGGCGUCAGGUCACUCCUCCUUGAAUUGAAGUCUGACCUUCCGGACAUCAACUACUCUUUCUUCGAUACUUAUACUGUCCUACUCAACUUCAUACAGAAACCAUCUGUUUAUGGUUUUACUGAGGUGAAGGCCGCUUGUUGUGGGCUGGGAAAUCUUAACGCCAAGGUUGCUUGCGUCCCCAUUUCACACUAUUGUCCCAACAGGAGUGAUCAUGUGUUCUGGGAUCUUUACCAUCCUACGGAGGCAGCUGCUCGCAUUUUUACAUAUUAUAUUUUUGAUGGCUCGCAACCAAUCGUGUACCCUAUCAAUGUGAGGCAGCUAGCUCUCAUGUAAGCUGGAUUAUAGAUACUUAGCUAAUAGCAAUAUUCUCCUAACUCCUCCUGAAAUACACUCUUCCGUCCUUUGAUCAAACCAUGAUCUUCAAAUAUCCUACUCUUACCAUAUAUACCUAGCGAAUCAUCCAUAAAUGGGUGUUAGUGUAUACAGAGACCAGACCCCCCCCCCCCCCCAUUUUUAGCUAGUGGUUUUACAUUUUGUACUAACUGUUGAAGUUGAGGAAAGAAGUCAGGAGAAUGAGACUGUGUAACAAA